AUGCUUCUACAAUUCCACAAAAUCACCGAAUUUUCUGAAACUCAUCAAUUUUUUCUGAAACUCUUUGUGUACUUCGAAGUGGUUCUGCUAAUUUCAAGUUGUAUCAUUUUACCGUAUAUUCAUUGGUAUUUGCUGAAUUAUAGCAAAUUUCAUCGGAAUUUGAUUUUGAUAAUCGCCUUCAAUUCGGCCAGUUAUUUUUUGGACAUGUGUUCGAGGCUACUGAUUUCUGCAUUUGAGAUUGGAGUUUUUCGGAUGGAAGAGGAUAUUGGUAAGAUUUUCCGAAACAUGGAAGGAAAGAAAGUAUGCCACGUCGCAAAAAACAAUGGAAAUGUUUUGACCAAAAAUUUGCCACGUGGCAUUUAGCAGAACACAGUUUUCUGGAAUACAAUUUUUUACCACAUAAAAAUUUUGAAAAUUCUUCAAAUUUUACCACUUUGAAAAUUCUUUGAAUUUUAUUAAAUUUCCCAAAUUCAAGAUAUUUUUAUGAAAAAUUUUUGAAACAGUACAUUUUUUCUGGAAUCUUUUUCGUCUAGACUUCUUGGAUUACCGUAGUUCUGCCUCUCUGAAAACAGGAAAUGAUCAAAAAUCAAUUUUCUUCUGAAUAUGUGAAUUUUUUGAAACAGUGGAAUUUUUCAGGAAAAAAAUUAAAUGUUUUGAUUUGUAUUUUUAUUCACCUAAGGGUACUGUAGAUCAUAACUUAUUUGAAAAAUUUAAAACUUUAAACACUGGUGAUUUUUUAUCAGGAAAAACAUUUUUUCAAAUUCUACGAAGAGCAUGAAUCGAACAGAAUCCUGAUUUCUGAUUCAAAAAUGGGCAUUUUUUGAAACAGUGAAUUUUUUUCAGUCAAAAAAUUUUUUUGCAAAAUUGUCAGUAGCUUUGAAGAAAGUUUUUUUUUGAAACAGUAGAUUUUUUUUGGAAAAAAAUUGGAAUAGAAUUUUUAUGUCCAAAAAAAUUGAUUGGUCUAACAGAUAUCUACAAAUUCUUCUGAAUAUGUGAAUUUUUUGAAACAGUGAAAAUUUUCAGGCAAAAAAUUGAAUGUUUUGAUUUGUAUUUUUAUUCACCUAAGGGUACUGUAGAUCAUAACUCAUUAAAAAAAUUUAAAACUUUGAACACUGGUGAUUUUUAUCAGGAAUUUUUCAAAUUCUAGAACAUGAGUUGAACAGAAUCCUGAUUUCUGAUUCGAAAAUGGGAAUUUUUUGAAACAGUGAAUUUUUUCAGUAGAAUUUUUUUUUGCAAAAUUAGUUAGAAGAAAGUUUUUUUUUGAAACAGUAGAUUUUUUCGGAAAAAAAUUGGAAUAGAAUUUUUAUGUCCAAGAAAAAAAUGAUAGAAACAGAGAUCUACAAAUUCUUCUGAAUAUGUGAAUUUUUUGAAACAGUGGAAUUUUUCAGGCAAAAAAUUGAAUUUUUUGAUUGAUUUUUCAAAAUCUAAAUUUUCUAUUUAAAAAAAUUUUGAAACAGUGAAUUUUUUUCUUCUCGCUCCAAAAUUUCCAUAUAAAAAUUCAUUUGCAGAUCCAAAUUCCGACGAAUUCCUCACAACAUCUCAAAUCCUUCAAUCCCCAAUUCUCUGCCUAUUUUUUGUGUGUAGUUUGAUGCGAAUCACAGAAAUGAUCAUUAUUUCAACAUUGUAGGUUACUGUAGAAAAGAUUACUGUAGAUACAGUAAAAAAUACUGUAUUUUUGCAGUGGUUUGAUAAUUUUCUUCGAGAGAUUUUGUGCCACAAUUUGGGCGAAAAAUUAUGAGCAUCGGAAAAAAACGUGGAUUUCGGCAGUGCUGAUUUUUUGGUGCUCAAUUGUUUCAGUCACUUUUUCUGUGGUUUAUCAUUACGGUAGGUUUUGGCGGGAAAUAAAUUUGAAUUUUCAAAAAUUGGCGGGAAAAAAUUAGAGUAGAAAAUUUGAAUUUGAAAAAAAAAUUCACUGUUUCAAGAAAAAAUUGAAUUUCUGUGCAAUUCUAAAAAUUAUUCGACUGAGUUUUCCACGAACAAAAAAAAGAAAAUAAAUGAAAAUUUUCUUACUGUAGCUCGGAUCGUUUCGAGACCCUAAAAAUGUCAGAAAUCUGAAUUUUUCAGCUCAUAAUCCCAAUUUUUUUCCAGAACUCUUCAAUAUCAAAUUACUAGUUCUGUUAGCUGUAUUUUUGAAUAUUGCAUCAAUUCUGGCCCUGAAUUCACUGUAUUUUAUCAAUCGGAGAAGAUUGAAAAUUGUGCAGAAGAAAAUGUUGACAUCGAGAUAUACGCUAAGUUAUCGAUUUCAGUUGAAUGAGAAUAUUUCGAUUAUUCGGGUGAGUCAAGCGGAGCAUCGUUUGAAAAUUUGAAAAUUCAAUUUUCCCGCCUCGAAACCUCCCUCGUGAUCUCGGAGCAUCGUUGUUUUUUUUCCAGUUCACCCGAUAUUUUAUAUCGUUCUGCGUGAUUUCGGAUAUGAUUUUAGCAAUCCUGUUUGGUCGUAAGUUCUAAAUUUUUUUUGGAUCUACCAAAACAAUAUUUUCAGUCACAAAUAUUCGAAGUUUCCGGAAAUCCGAUCCACUUCUCGUCACUUAUUUGCAUCAGAUUUUCAAUUUGAGUAUUGCGAUGUGAGUUGAAGCGGAAGACAACGCGGAAGGUUCCGCGAGCGACGCAAGUCGCGAGUGUAAACCGCAAGCUUGCGCAAAGCUGCAAGGCUUUUGAAAGAUCAAGGACUAGAAAUCCUCCCCCUGGAAAACUAGUCCCCGACUUCAAAUAUCCAAUUUUUUUUCAGCUAUGGCUUGUUCUCCCAACUUCUCGUCUUAUUUUCCGAAAAAAACAUUCGCCAACAUUUUUUGACCAACAAAUCGGUCAAAAAUUUGACAAUCGGAUGUUUUGGCAGAUGUUUUCCCGAUGAUUUUGGAAUCAAUCAAACAUCCAAAAUGACGUGUAAAGAGGAGACGAAAGUGUAUUUUGAUGGAUUAACAAGUCAAUGGGAUCACAAGUUGGGGAAUUGA